CAUGUCCUCUCGCUUGCCCUGGCCGAGACCCUGAGCGCAGUCGCCGCGAAACAGGCAGCCCGUCGAUCCUGGUCUCGCCUUUGCCGGCUCUGCCACGGAUCUCCAAGCGCCGCCAUGAGGUUCACGAUCGACGGUCUCGAAGUGAUCUUUCCAUACGACUACAUCUAUCCGGAGCAGUAUGCCUACAUGUGCGAUCUCAAGCGGGCCCUUGAUGCCAAGGGCCACUGUCUCCUGGAGAUGCCAUGUGGCACCGGAAAGACCAUCACGCUUCUUUCGCUGAUCAUCGCCUAUCAAAAUUACUAUCCGGAGAAGCGAAAACUCAUCUAUUGCUCCCGGACGGUCCCCGAAAUCGAGAAGGCGCUGGCGGAGCUGAAGCGUCUGAUGGAGUACCGGGCAUCGCAGGGCCUGCGAGAAAACAUCCUCGCCUUGGGCCUGUCAUCGAGAAAAAACCUAUGCAUACAUCCCGAGAUCAGCAAAGAAAAGUUUGGCAAAGUAGUUGAUACCCGGUGCCAGAGUCUGACAGCCUCAUGGAUUCGGGAAAAGGCCAAGCAGAGCCCUCCAGGCGAGAUCGAACAGUGCCAGUUUUUCGAGUCUCUCGAGGACUUUGAAUCCAUGCCGACUGGUGUCUAUACUCUCGAAGACCUGAAGGCGUUUGGCGAAGCCAACGGACUGUGUCCCUAUUUUCUGGCGCGACAGCUGAUCCUCUAUGCCGACGUGAUCAUCUACAGCUACCACUACUUGCUGGAUCCCAAGGUCGCAGAUCUCGUGUCCAAGGAGCUCUCGAAAGAUGCCAUUGUCAUUUUUGAUGAGGCACACAAUAUCGACAACGUCUGCACCGAGUCGCUGAGCAUCGACAUCACCAGACCAAUUCUCGAUGCAAGUGCCCGGAGCAUCCAGACGCUUUCCUCCACGAUUGAUGAAUUGAAGCAGUCCAACUCGGAACAGCUGCAAAACGAAUACCAGCGACUUGUCGAUGGGCUGCGGGAGACCCAUCAGCAGCGUGCCACUGACAUGGUCAUGGGCAAUCCAACUCUUCCCGACGAUAUGCUGAAUGAAGCGGUCCCUGGCAACAUUCGACGGGCCGAACACUUUGUUGCCUUUCUUCGCAGACUGGUCGAGUACAUGAAGACCCGUAUGCGUGUGAUGCACGUCGUCGCGGAAUCCCCGCCUUCAUUCCUGCAGCAUAUUCGAGAAGUGACAUGCAUCGAAAGAAAGCCCCUCAGGUUUUGCGCAGAACGACUCGCUUCGCUCAUUCGGACCCUUCAGCUGACCCAGCUCGCCGAUUUCACGGCACUUCAGCGAGUGGCUGCCUUUGCCACCUUGGUUGCCACAUACGAAAAGGGAUUCUUGCUCAUCCUCGAACCGUUUGAGAACGAUACCGACACGAUCCCCAAUCCGGUGCUUCACCUGACCUGCCUGGAUGCCACGUUUGCGAUCAAGCCUGUCUUUGACCGGUUCAGCACCGUCGUCAUCACCUCCGGCACCCUGUCUCCCAUGGAUCUCUACCCGACCUUGCUUGGGUUCCGUCCAGUGGUCAUGGAGAGCUACCAGAUGACCCUGACCCGCGACUGCUUCUUGCCUCUGACGGUCACCCGCGGCAGCGAUCAAGUUGCCGUGAGCUCCAAAUUCGAGGUCCGUAACGAUCUAGCCGUGGUUCGGAACUACGGCAAUAUCCUGCUGGAGUUUGCCAAGGUGGUCCCAGACGGCCUCGUGUGCUUCUUCCCUUCCUAUCUCUACAUGGAGUCGAUUGUUGCCGCAUGGAACGAGCUGGGCAUGCUGCAGGAGCUCCUCAAGUUCAAGCUUAUAUUUAUCGAGACUCCGGAUGCGGGCGAAACCAGUCUGGCUCUUGAAAACUACAGAAAGGCUUGUGACAACGGUCGAGGCGCCGUCCUGCUUUCAGUCGCCCGUGGUAAAGUGUCUGAGGGAGUCGAUUUUGAUCACCACUACGGACGCGCUGUCAUUCUCUUCGGCAUUCCAUACCAGUACACUGGUAGUCGUAUCUUGAAGGCUCGUCUGGAAUAUCUGCGCGACAACUUUGGCAUCCGCGAAAACGACUUUCUUACCUUCGAUGCCAUGCGCCACGGCGCCCAAUGCGUGGGACGUGUCUUGCGAGGAAAAACAGACUACGGUCUCAUGAUCUUUGCGGACAAGAGAUUCGCUCGUGCCGACAAGCGCUCCAAGCUGCCCAAGUGGAUUCUGGCGAAUAUGAACGAAAGCAGCACCAACCUGAGUACGGACAUGGCCGUGGGCGUUACCAAGAAAUUCUUGCGCAGCAUGGCCCAGCCCUUUGAUCGCACCCAGGUUGGCAUCUCCCUGUGGGACUCCAAGAUGGUUGAAGCCGCGCAGAGGGGAGCAAGGCGCGCAGGACCUACAGCACCAUCAAACGCACAAGUGACCGCGAUGGAACUCUGAGCGAGCUGUCGUUCCUCCAAGGCAUCCGUGAUGGUAACUCGACCAUGCGCAUCUGUUGCUGGUCUGCUCGUUCGGGCAUUCCCUGCGCUCUGGCUCUUGAAUACACACGGUCAUCCUGCGCUCUA